AUGAUUCUGCGCGUCCGUUCACCGCUCGGUAUGGCGCGUUUUGACGUUAGCGAGGAGGACAGCGUGACCGCGCUCCGAGGCAAGAUCCUGGCGCAGUGGCCCGACCUCGCCUCCUCGUCCUGGUCGCUCCGUCUCGAAGGCCCACGAGGCCAACUUCCUUCCGCGCGGGGAAACACCAACCUCCUCGCCUCCACUGCAGCGACCGCGCCAGUCUCCGCUCUCGAUCUGCGCCACGGCGACAUGGUCUACCUCGACGUCCAGCGGGACGCUCCCCACCCAGUCCCUGUGGCAAGGACUGCGCCUGGCGAGGCGGUGGUCUUACCCCGUGCCGCGUGGUUGGGGAGCCAUGCGAAUCUCUGGGCGUUCAUGAGGGACUAUUUGUUCUGGAAGUAG